CUGCCAGGCAGCUCACCACACAGCCUGGCGGCGCGAGUGAGGCGGCUGGCGGGCUGGGCGGGGGUGGCGGCGGAGGUGCGACUGGACGAGGGCGCCAUGUGGCCCGGGUCCCGCGUGACCAGCCCCCGCGGCCGCCCCUUCCGACUGCUGCGGCAAGCCAUCCAGGAGACCUGGCGCAAGGAGGGAGAGCCCGACGUGCCCGUGGUCCCCUUCAUGCUCUCCGGAGCUACCGACUCCAAGCACUACGCCAACCUGACGUACGGAGGUGUCGUACUGCGAUUCGUGCCGUACGGCAUGAACAAGACUGCGGGCGAGCUGGGCCUUAUCCACGGCACGAAUGAGCGCAUCCGGGCGAGCUAUUUUGCUCGUGCGGUGUGCACGUACGGGCGUGUGUUUGAGUUGUUUGGGAGUGAGGAGAGGCUGGAGGAGCAGGGGGAGGGAGAGGGAAGAAACUGA